AAGUUAUAAUUAUUGUAAAUUUGUCAUUAGUUUAAAGUAGGCUCCAAAGUUAUUAUAAGAAUGUUUUAUCAUAAUUUAAAAAAUACUUUAAAUACGCUUAACUGAUACCUAAAGCUGUGAAUUCUACCUUUGAUAUACAUAUUUUAUUAAUAUUUCGAAUUUUCUAACAAAGUGAUAAAUUGUGUAAUUGAACAAGAUAUAAAUAAUUCUUAUUACCUCUGAGUUUAUGGUUUAUUAAAAAAUCAAAUGGAAGACCUUCAAGUUUGGCAAGAUUUAUCUAAUAUACCUGCUGAUCCACCAGUAAUGCGAGAGCUGUGUCAAAAAUGCGAAAGGCCAUCUGCUGUUUGUUGGUGUGCUGCAUUGCCCCCAGAAAGGUUACAUCCCCAUAGUACUAUAAUCCUUUUGCAACAUCCAGCUGAAGAGAAAAGAUGUCUUCGAACUGCUCCAAUGUUACAACUUGGACUAGCCGAAAACAAGUGCCUUAUAUUUAAAGGGAAGAAGUUUCCUCAACCUCGUCAUGAAAGCUUAGAGAAGAUUUUAGCACAUGAAAAUACUGUGCUUUUAUACCCAAGUAAAGCCGCUAUAGACAUAAAAGAACUCGACAAUAACUAUAAAUCAUAUAACAUAGUAUUAAUUGAUGGCACAUGGCCACAAGCAAAAGCAAUUUAUGCAUCAAGUACUAUAUUGCAAAGAAUACAACAAAUAAAGCUUGUUACAUCUAGUACAAGUAACUACAUAAUAAGGACGCAACCAACAGAAGGCUGUUUAAGUACACUAGAAACUGCUGCAGAAGCACUCUCUCAACUUGAAAGGAAUUCAAUUUAUAGGCAGCAACUAAUUGAACCUUUGCAUAUGCUGUGCAAAUUCCAAUUAGAAAAUGGUGCUGUUACACAUCAAUCAAAAGAAUUUUUAAUUAAAACUAAAACAUAUCCUAAGUUGAUAGGUAAAAGGUUAUCUAAAUUACUACGACAAACUGAAGAUUAUGACGAAAGUCAAAAUAAAACUUGAAUCUAAAA